AUGGAUGAUUUACUUCCGAUAUUUCGCUAUGAACAAAGUCAAUAUCACGAACAUUUGGAUAAACGCCAAUUUUUAAAUAUUUACAAAUCAGAAGGAUAUAUACGUGCUAUAAAUGAAAUAGAAUCAAAUGAUCGUUUCAUAUGGAUGUAUAAUUUUGCUAUAAUAUUCUUUCGUAUGGAUCCAGUAUUAUCCACUGUGACAGCAGAACAUGAAAAAGAAGAACUUAUUAUAAAACUUCGAACACUCUACAGCUAUGAUAUUGAAGCUUUGAACGAGAUUGAGGACUUUAACAAGGAUUAUAAUACAGAAAAUCCAAUCAAAUCUUAUGAUAAAAUGAAAUCGAUACGAGAAAUACUAAAUAAAGCUUUACGUCAAAAAGAUUUCGAACUCAUAGCACCAUUUAAUAUUAUAUCUGAAUUCGAUGAGAUUGUUCAAUUUUGGAUUAGCAAUGAAAAUUUAAAAACAAAUCAAAUCUCACUUGGUCUUAUGAUGAUUCAAACCGGUAAAUUAAAUGAAGCUAAAAAAUAUUAUGAAUCAUUAAUUAAAUAUUUGCCAGAUAAUCAUCCAUUGGAAAAAUAUUGUAAAUAUAGUUUGGGCAAUCUAGCACAAAAGAAAGGUGAAAUCGAUGACGCAGAAAAAUAUUAUAAUGAAGCAUUUGAAAAUCAAGUUGAUACUUUACUAAGAGCAAGAGUCACAUGUGCAUUAGCCAAUAUCUACUUUUCAAAGAAUGAUAAAUCGAAAGCAUUUGAAUACUACAAAUUAGCAUUGUCCAUGUUUAAUAAAAAUCAUAAAGACUUCAUACUAGAUAUUAUUGAAUGUUAUACAGGUAUUGGAAAAUAUUAUCAAACUUCUCAAAUAGAUAAGGAUUAUGAAAAAGCAUUAAAAUCCUUUACAAAUGCAAUAAAUGAGUUAGAUAAUUGGAUUUCGAAAAAUAUACGUAAACAAUGGAGAUAUGUACCGUUCAUAAUUAUUCCACUGCUGAAAAAUAUCGGUGAAAUUUUUCGUCUUAAACAUGAGUUCAACAAAGCAAAACAAAACACAGCAUUUAUCGAAGAAGAAUACAAGUACGAACCAGCACAGUUAGAAGAUUUUCUACCUAGACAACUACUAGAUAGGUUAUUACAACAAAUCGAUCAGAAGCCCUUACAACAGAACAAUUUCUCACGAAUUCAUACGAAGCUAUCAGGACAAGAAAAAUCACCACAAGCCGAUGAGAAAUCAGCACAACAGAACGAAUUAACAACCAUCGAUGAAAACUUAGAACAACAUGAUAAAGUAUCAGAAUUCGACGAGAAGCCAGCACAACGUGUCAAACUACCCCAAGUCGAUGAGAAAUCAGCAGAACAUGAUGAAUUAAUACCAAUUGAUGAGAAGCCUGCAGAGCGCGACGAAUUAUCAACAAUCGAUGAAAACUUAGAACAACAUGAUAAAGUAUCAGAAUUCGACGAGAAGCCAGCACAAUAUGCUAUAUUACCGCAACUCGAUGAGAAACCAGUGAAACGCGAUGAAUUACCAUUAAAUAAUGAGAAGCCUGCAAACCACGGCAAAUUUCAGCCGCCCGGGGAAGCAAGAGGUGAGCCUUAUGAAGCACAAACAUGGGUUGCUUGGGUAAUCAAGAAUCGAGCUCUAUUGAACAGAUCGUAUUGGGGUGGAAACACCAUCAAAGGUGUAUGUUUACAACCUGGUCAAUUCGAAUGUUGGAAUGGUAGAUCUAACAUUGAAAUUAAUGAACCGGAAGCAUAUGCACGAAUCUCUCAAUUGGCCAAUGAUAUUUUUUAUGCAAAUCAGUCUCAGGAUCCGACUGGAGGAGCAAAUCAUUACAAUCACCCAGCCAAAGAAGGUUAUCCACCGUGGACUCAAAACUGUCUUCGAUUACGAAAAAUUGGGAAUUAUCAGUUCUAUAAAAGUCUUUAA